CCGCCCUUCUUAGCGGUCCCCCGCCCCCUCCCUCCGCCUCCUCCUCCCUCGCCCGCAGCCGAACGUCCCCUCCCCCCACCCGUCGGGCUCUCGGUCGGCUACUGCAGAGGAUUCAGAGCCGAGUCUGAGGAGGAGGCUCCGGUUCCCUGCGCGCCAUCCGCCACCUUACUGGACACGGGCGAGGGAGCGAGAGCGUCGCCGCUGUAGCCUCCAGAGAAGACAAGGGCAUCGCCGCCUCCGCCGUCGUUUUCGCCUGCAGCGGCUAGCCGUUGAAAGGAUGGAGUUGGCAUUAACUGAACUGGGAAAAGACUUCAGGAGAAACAAAUUUCAGGGGAGAGGGAUCCUCAGUCUUCCACAAUGAACCCUGUUUAUAGCCCCGUGCAGCCUGGGGCUCCUUAUGGCAACCCUAAGAACAUGGCCUACACAGGUUACCCUACAGCCUACCCGGCAGCAGCCCCUGCCUACAAUCCCAGCCUGUACCCCACCAAUAGCCCCAGUUAUGCUCCAGAGUUUCAGUUCCUGCAUUCAGCUUAUGGAUACCACGAAGCAACUCUGCUGAUGAAACAGGCUUGGCCACAGAACUCGUCUUCCUGUGGUACUGAAGGCACCUUCCACCUCCCAGUGGACACCGGGACCGAGAACCGAACUUACCAAGCAUCCUCUGCGGCUUUCAGAUAUACUGCGGGGACACCAUACAAGGUCCCACCGACCCAGAGUAAUACUGCUCCGCCCCCCUACUCCCCAUCACCCAACCCCUAUCAGACGGCCAUGUAUCCAAUCAGAAGUGCCUACCCCCAGCAGAAUCUGUAUGCCCAGGGAGCCUACUAUACACAGCCAGUGUACGCUGCCCAGCCCCACGUCAUCCACCACACCACGGUUGUCCAGCCCAACAGCAUUCCCUCUGCCAUCUACCCGGCGCCUGUUGCUGCCCCCAGGACCAAUGGUGUGGCCAUGGGUAUGGUGGCUGGCACCACCAUGGCAAUGUCAGCAGGUACCCUGCUGACUGCACCCCAGCACACUGCGAUUGGGGCACACCCUGUCUCCAUGCCAACAUACAGGGCCCAAGGGACCCCUGCGUACAGCUAUGUGCCCCCGCACUGGUAAAGCCUGCAGCCUGUCCAAAUCUGGAGUCACACAUUGUAUGCAACUACUCAAGUCUUACACAGGUGCUGGAGCAGUUCCCUAGCAGCACCACCUCUAUUUGCAAGAAGAGACAACGGAAGUGCAAGGGUCACUUUAUGCAUCUUUAACGGUUUUGGUUUUUAUUUUUGGUUUUUGUAAAAGCUGCUUUUUCUAAUCUCCUGCCUCUCCCCACUGUCCCCUUUGCCGCUACCCUUCAAGCUCUGUCCCCUCCUCCUGACCAGGCAUAUCCUCUCUGCUCUUCUCUCCUUCCCCAAGUGUCUGGUCCCUGGGGACCCCAGUCUAGCGGCAGGCAGAGAGUGGGGUUUAUUGCAAUGGUUCAGCUGAAGGUGUGUUUUCCUUUGAAGAGCAUAACACAUGUGGCCUUCGGGUCCAGGGUAGAAACUCAGAGCUGUUGAACAAGUUACAUCUCUGGGGGGAUCAUUUAUUUUUCCUAAGCAAGAUGAGUUUAGGACAUUACCAUGUCCUGACACAAAGGAAAUGUCUUCUGAGAACCAUCGCAACAGACCAAGAACAGAACCACCUGAUUAGGUAGGAGUGUUCAUAGCAGCUUAAUACCCCAAGUGAGAACCUGGGAAAAUCAGAUUCUUUCUUUGGGAGAACUUGAGGGAGGGUGGGGGGAGGGAGGGCACUGUGGGAAGGAAGAGGGGAGAGAGGUGCUUGCCUGCUGGCUUUGGUUUGUAAGGUCUCUGGCCAAAUUGUCUGGGCCUGGACCCUCUGAUUUGCACAGUGUUGUUAACUGACCUGGCACUUCCUCAAAAGGUAAUUUUGACCUCAGACCUGCCAAGCAACUUCAGGGUGAUGGUAUCCCAGCCUCCCAAAGCCUUGGAAGGCCAGGUGCCCUACGUAAUCCACACCUUGGCCCCUGAGCCCACAUGGACCCACUCUGAUAAGAUGCUUCCUCCUAAUUAGAGUGGGACCCUAUAGCAUUUUUCUCCCUUCCCUCUGCCCUUCCAGGUACCAGGGCUCACCAGUCUGUCCCUGGGGCUCUUGGUUACCUUGUGCCAUUCACGGCCAAAGUGAAGGAACCACAUUCCAGGUGGGUGCUGGCAGCUCUGAAGGUCAGGAUAGUGAAGGAAAAGCAAUAGCAAUAAACAUUUCAUAGACUCAUGGAACUGAAGGGACCUUAGCAAUCAUCUCAUCCAUUCCCCUGUUUGAUGAGGAAGCUGAGGCCCAGAGAAGACAAAAGGACUUCCCUAAAUCUAGCAGUAAAUUAGCAUUAAAUGCAGCCUUCCUACCUAGGGGCAUGUUAUCCACAAAAAUCUACCUAGGGAUGGAGUAGCUUGGUUUUGUAAAAAUGAAGUCAUCAGCACCCAUACCUGGUGAAUUCUGGAACAGUCUCUGGGCCUUGGUUUCUGCUCUUUUCCUCCAUGGAUUCCAAAGUGGGGGUUGAUUGGGCAGAGGUCACAUGGGGGCAGAUGGCAGGAACAGAAAUUGCAAAUGAGGAAAUAGCAUUUGGAAAUUCUGUGAAGACAUCUGGAACUUUCAUUCUAUACUGGACUCCAGCCCUAGGAGGAGCAAGUGGACUGGCUGAAAAAAGAAAAUCUAUGCUUUUAGGACAGUAGCCCCUCAUCCUGAGAAGAGAAGAGGACAAGGAUGAGGCUCAGGAGACAUGGGCUGUCAUGGGAGAAGAGGGACCCCUGAGCAGGAAGUGUGGCUAGUCUCAGCCAGGAGCCCACUGUCCCAGCACUGUCCCCUACCCAGCUUCUGGCUGGGCCAGCAGCCCCUCUGGGGGUGGGGGGUGGGGGGGUGCAGGAACAUUUUACUGUACAAAAUGGGAUCAUUGAUAACGUUUGGGACUUUUAAAUAACCCUUUUCAUUUUAAAUUCACACAUACUUGGACAUACCCCUACCCCUACCUCCCAUGUCUCCCUUAAAGGAGGAAAAAAUCAGGAAACUUGAGCCAGAAGGACCUCAGAGGCUAUCUGGCCCUUCCCAGGAGGGCAAAACCCAUCAGCAUCCAACGGAGAGCCAGGAGUUGGGGGACCCACCUUCUUGGCCUUCCAGGGAACUGCAGGAUCAGAAGGAGAAAACUAGCUAUUCUAAGAGGUCUGUUCUAGGGUGCUGAUGGGAUUUCAUUUUAAAACAAUUUUCCAGUGUUAAUCCAUUUUUUGCAAAUACCUCCUCCUACUCUCUGGUUUUGUAUGGGUGGGUGAAGGUUGUUCUAGAUUAUGUCAUAUGUGUUUGGAAAAUGCCAAAAUAAUACUAAUGAUAAUAGGAAUCCUUUGUAUUUGUCAAGCGCCCCAUAGAUUUCAGAGCGCUUCCAGCCUUUCAUUUCCUGGUUCUGAGAGAGAGAUGGGGUCAGAGUUCUUACACCCAUCAAACAAAUGAGGAAACUGGUUUUAGAAGGAAAGGGAACUUGCCAAUGUGAGGAGAAUGCUAGUAUCCUAAUAGGCUUCCCUCAACCCUGCUGCCUUUAGGUGAUCUGGGUAAAACCAGAGAGGAGGAAAAAGGAGGAGCCCUAGGAAUGACCUUGUUACUUUUGCUCUUUGUAUACCAGUAAGUAAAAACUAACAUCUAGUACCUCACAGUUCAUGAAGCAAUCUCCCAUCCAUCGUCUGGCUUAACCCUGUGAAAUAGAUUAUUCCUCCCAUUUGAUCCAUGGGGAAACAGAGACUUGGGAAAGCAAAGUGAGCAAGUCAAAGCUCACAAGUGGUAGAGCCACCUGAAUCCUGCUUGUCUGCUUUCCCUUGUCUAACUCCACACACAGGCCUGUGAACUGAAGCAUCUAUGCUCUGCACCCCCUCUUUGCCCUGGUAUGUAAUCCAGAUCAAAGACAGGCCCCAAGGCAAAAACCAGGUACAGAAAGGCUGUGGUCUGGAAGAGCCCAAGUCCAACAUGCCUUUUUCAGUAUGUGUGGCAGAGCCCCAGUUCUGCUGGCCUCCCCCCUUGCUUUGAUGGAGAUCCACAAGCCUAGCCAAGCUUGGGGAGUCAUUGCAAAGGGAACAAGACCAGGAGAGCAGGGGCAGUAGUGUGCCUCUGGUAGGAUGAACAUUCCUGGUAGGAUCAUAGGCAUCUUUUGGGUGGCAUCCAAAGAUGCUGGGUGGGCCCAGUGGUAAAAGCUGGACAGAAGGUCAACUUGCCACUGUGGGAAGGCCAGCAUGCCAGAGAGGACAAGGGGUGUGCCCACGGGAGAGUGAGCUACAGCACUGGCACCAGCAUGCAAAUGCCUCUCCACUCCACUGCCUUCCUGCAGUACUACAGGUCUGGUGGCCAGGUUUAGGGGUAUAGGUGGUUCUAGUCAAUAACCAGCCCUCUUGGCUUCCCCAAUUUCUUCCCUCCUCAUUAGCCUGGGGCUGUAGUGCCCCCAAGUGGUCAGAACAUAAUCUUUUUGCCACCUUUUGGAAAAAUUUAAUUUUUUUCUGAGACAGGAUAGUUGCUGCAGCGCUUCUCUCUUGGCAAUGACCCUAAAGUAUAUAUCCCCUUACGUAAAUCUUGAACAAGGCCACAUACACCUAUCCAGCUUUUUUAAUGUACAAAGUACUUUGACAUAGAUUGCUAAAUCCUCAUAUUAUUGAUGGAAAAAAUGAAGUCUAAAAAGACUUAGGAGACUUGGGGCACCUUGCUGGAUCAGUCGGUAGAGCCUGUGGCUCUUGAUCUUGGGGUUGUGGGUCCAAGCCCCACACUGGGACUAGUGGGGGGCUUAAAAGACUUGAUAAAAAUUAAAAGAGCCAAGAUUUCAACUCUUCAAAUCGUCUGCUCUUUGAGCUGGCACCUGCUCACCUGCUGGGUCUCAGUGGCAGGCAUGAAGAAGGGGUGAACUAUCUGCCCCAAACAGAGGAAGACUCCCAAGACACCUGGGGAACUCAGUCCUCCUGUGGAGAUUUUUAGGAGGUGCCCUAAGGACCUUGGGAAUACCAGGAGGAUGAGACUUGGCAACAAAAGGCCUAACUUGAACAAAAAGCUUUGGGGUCAUGAUGCUCAGGAGUGAAGACACAUUCAAAGGCAGCCCCAGGUAUCUAUCCAUUCAAAGACCCAUGUCCCUGGGAAGCCUGUACAGCCAUGUUUUCUGAGCCUGGAGAGCCUGCCCACUGUCCAGACCCAGUGAGCUGGCACUCCCAGAGGACCUGGUAUAGCCCUGAAUGGCCAAAAGCACAUCUGACUUCAAUUCCUGGGCUUCCUUUUCCCAUGGGGGAGAACCAGAGCCAGCUCUUAUCCCUGGCCACCCAAAUUGUUCCAAAUUUGAGGUUUACCUACCCCCAGAGAGCUAGGGGCUGCUCCUUUGGAGGGACUUGCUUUGUUCUGAGUGGCAUUCAAGAAAUGAAUCACAUGGAGUAUAAAAGGGCAGGCCCCUUGGUCCCCCAGCCUGGAGCCCUGCACAUCAGAUUCCUUGGUUCUGCUCCAUGGCCAGAGAAGGAAAGCCUGGUCUUUAAGCAGUCUGGCUGGCUUAAUCAUUUAGAUGGCACCGUGGCAUCUCUCAGUUGCAGUUGAGUGAAGACCGUGGAAGCUCUGCUUUUCCAUCCUGUAAUCUGCCACAUUACUGGGGUAUGCCCCUCUGGCUGCUUGCCAAGCUUCAGAGUCCAGAGAGGGGCAGGUCAGGCGGGGCAGUGGCAGGUAGGAGGUGGCUCCAGGCCGGUGCACAGCCCCAUGGGAAUCCAGGCCCAGCCCAACAGCAGGAUCACAGCAGAGGAAACCCAGCCAGGCUGCCCAUCGAACCCCAUACCUAAGCCUCGGAGAUCAGGCUCCACGGCAUGCCAGGGUGACUGCAGGGUUUGUCCUUUACCCGUGUUCCCCUCUCCUAGAAACUUGUUUCUGAAGUUACAUAUUACAUGGUUCCAGGGCCCAGGCUUCAGAAUUCCUGCCUGACAGGCCAGCUUCAACAUUCCAUAGCCAUCCUUGCCUGAACCAGACUUGGGCCCUAUUCCUUCAGUUUCUCCGAUGGUUAUUUUCUAUCUUGCAUGCUGUGGAGUCAGCUCAGUGGCCAAGUGAGGAACACAGGAGUUGGGACUGGCUGUCACAAAGCCAGAAAGGGAAACUAGAGCUUUUGUUCCCUGUGGCUGCAUCCAUAGUCCCUGGGCAUUCGUACUGUGGUGGUGAGACCCUGUACCGAUCCCAGUUCCUGGUAAAGUGGGUACUCCUCUUCCUGAAGAGAACAGGUAUUACAGCUUUGCAGAUAAGUACCAGCCCAUAGGAGUUAAAUGAGUGAAAUCUUCUUUGGGCCUGACCCCAGCAAGACCAGCAUCUUGAGGCUCUAGCCUUCCUCCUCAUGCCUGUGAGUCAGGGACAGAGUGGGAAUGCCCACAGACCACCUUCUCGGGUUAGCCAGAUCAUGGGGCUCAGGGGGAGGGGGAGGAUCAAGCUCCUCCUUCCCCAAGGGGAGGUAAAGGCAAGGUGUCUAGCAACUUGGAAGUUGUCUGUAAUGACCUUUAAAGGCCCAACGGUCUGUCCGCAUCUCCUGACUAAAAGGCAUUGCAUCCCUAUUUCAUAUCACAUGACAGAGAAACCUGUUCUCGUGGCAUGUAACAUCCCUGUAAGAGCAUUGUAUAUGAUUUUGUAUUUUUUAAUUCAUUUUAAUCUACAGGUUGGAAUCUAAUUUUUAAAUUUUAUUGGAACUCACAUUUUAAAAAGAAAAACAUUUAAAAUAAUAAUAAACCUUUGACCGGUGUCUUCCAAGUA